AUGCGUAGAGACAGAUUUGAAAUGAAACUGUGGCAUUAUGUGAGAUUCCUAGUCACUGAUCAAAACAAGAAUAAAAGGUCUGAUGGAAUUAGUCCUGAUGCACAAGAGAGUGGUGUGAUAGCACUUGCUGAAGAGGAAGGGGGACGAGGUGGUAUUGCCCGGAAAGACCGAAACAAGGGCAGGGCUAUGUUCCCCAGUCUUGCCCAACACUUGGUCCCUAGUUCUGGCGUCUCCAACCUCUUUGCUCGUGAUGAAACUGAUGAAAUUAACAGUGAUCUCAUAUCAGUCAUGAAGAAAGAGUGUCCCAGGCACCCUCCUACUAAUGAGAACCUGUAUGGCUUCUUCAUGAGCCGGGUCCGACAGAACCUUCACAUUGUCCUCUGCUUUUCGCCGGUGGGGGAGAAAUUUCGAAAUCGAGCCCUGAAGUUUCCUGCCCUUAUUUCAGGAUGCACUAUUGACUGGUUCAGCCGAUGGCCCAAGGAUGCCUUAGUUGCUGUGUCUGAACACUUCCUCUCUGCCUGUGACACUGACUGCAGUUUGGAAACCAAGAAGGCAGUCGUUGAGUGCAUGGGCUCCUUCCAGGACGGGGUGGCCGAGAAGUGUGUGGAUUAUUUCCAGAGACUCCGACGUCCUACCCACGUGACUCCCAAGUCGUACCUCUCCUUUAUUCAGGGCUAUAAGUCCAUAUAUGGAGAGAAGCGUGUGGAGGUGCAAACUCUGGCCACCAGAAUGAAUACUGGAUUGGAAAAGCUAAAAGAAGCUUCGGAGUCUGUUGCAGCUCUGAGCAAAGAACUAGAAGUGAAAGAAAAGGAGCUCCAAGUGGCCAAUGAUAAAGCUGACACGGUCUUAAAAGAAGUGACUAUGAAAGCACAGGCUGCUGAAAAGGUCAAAGCUGAGGUCCAGAAGGUGAAGGACAAAGCCCAGGCCAUUGUCGACAGCAUCUCGAAGGAUAAAGCCACUGCUGAGGAAAAACUGGAAGCAGCAAAGCCAGCAUUAGAAGAAGCAGAAGCAGCCUUGCAGACCAUCAAGCCUUCCGACAUCGCUACUGUCCGCACGCUAGGCCGACCCCCUCAUCUCAUCAUGAGGAUCAUGGAUUGUGUGCUGUUGCUGUUUCAGAGGAAGGUCAAUGCGGUGAAAAUUGACCUGGAAAAAAGCUGCACCAUUCCUUCCUGGCAGGAAUCUUUAAAACUGAUGACAGCAGGAAACUUUCUACAGAAUUUGCAGCAAUUCCCGAAAGACACAAUCAAUGAAGAAGUGAUAGAAUUUUUGAAUCCUUACUUCGAAAUGGCAGACUACAACAUCGAAACCGCUAAACGAGUGUGUGGGAAUGUAGCGGGUCUUUGUUCCUGGACCAAGGCCAUGGCUUCCUUCUUUUCUAUAAACAGAGAGGUGUUGCCUCUGAAGGCCAACCUGGUGGUGCAGGAGAACCGCUACGUGAUGGCCAUGCAGGAUCUGCAGAAGGCCCAGGCCGAGCUGGAUGACAAACAAGCCGAGCUGGAUGUGGUGCAGGCUGAGUACGAGCAGGCCAUGACCGAAAAGCAGACCUUGCUUGAAGAUGCAGAGAGGUGCAGACAUAAGAUGCAGGCUGCUUCUGCACUGAUCGGAGGCUUGGCAGGAGAAAAGGAAAGGUGGACAGAGCAAAGUAAAGAGUUUGCUGCACAAACUAAAAGACUUGUAGGGGAUGUGUUGUUGGCUACAGCUUUUCUAUCUUAUUCUGGUCCCUUUAAUCAAGAAUUUCGCAAUCUGCUGUUAAAUGACUGGCAGAAAGAAAUGAAAGCCCGGGAAAUUCCAUUUGGAGACAAUCUAAACCUCAAUGAGAUGUUGAUUGAUGCUCCUACCAUUAGUGAGUGGAACCUCCAAGGCCUGCCCAAUGAUGACCUGUCCAUUCAGAAUGGAAUUAUUGUCACAAAAGCAUCUCGCUAUCCUUUGCUAAUUGACCCACAGACUCAAGGCAAGAUCUGGAUUAAAAAUAAAGAAAACCAGAAUGAACUCCAGAUCACAUCUCUAAAUCACAAGUACUUCAGAAACCACCUGGAGGACAGUCUUUCUCUUGGAAGACCCUUGCUUAUCGAAGAUGUUGGGGAGGAACUAGAUCCAGCCCUGGAUAAUGUUUUGGAGAGAAACUUCAUUAAGACUGGGUCUACCUUUAAGGUGAAAGUCGGUGACAAAGAGAUAGAUGUGAUGGAUGGCUUCAGACUCUACAUCACCACCAAGCUGCCCAAUCCAGCCUACACCCCUGAAAUAAGUGCUCGGACCUCUAUCAUCGACUUCACAGUCACUAUGAAAGGUCUAGAAGACCAGUUACUGGGGAGAGUCAUUCUCACAGAGAAGCAGGAAUUGGAGAAAGAAAGAACUCAUCUCAUGGAAGAUGUAACUGCAAACAAAAGGAAGAUGAAAGAGCUGGAAGAUAAUUUGCUUUACCGUCUGACCAGCAUUCAGGGGUCCCUUGUGGAAGACGAGAGUCUCAUCCUGGUGUUGAGUAAGACAAAAAAGACAGCUGAGGAGGUGACACAGAAGCUGGAAAUUUCAGCCGAGACAGAAAUUCAAAUUAACUCAGCCCGGGAGGAAUAUAGACCUGUCGCCACCCGGGGUAGCAUCCUUUACUUUCUCAUCACGGAGAUGCGCUUGGUUAAUGAGAUGUAUCAGACUUCGCUCCGCCAGUUUCUUGGCUUGUUUGACCUUUCCUUGGCCAGGUCUGUCAAGAGCCCAAUUACAAGCAAGAGGAUCGCUAAUAUCAUUGAGCACAUGACCUACGAGGUUUUUAAGUACACAGCCCGGGGGUUGUAUGAGGAGCACAAAUUCCUGUUCACGCUGCUGCUUACCCUGAAGAUUGACAUCCAGAGGAACCGAGUCAAGCACGAAGAGUUUCUCACCCUUAUUAAAGGUGGUGCCUCCUUGGACUUGAAAGCCUGUCCUCCUAAACCGUCUAAAUGGAUCCUGGACAUGACCUGGCUAAAUUUGGUGGAACUCAGCAAACUUAGACAGUUUUCUGAUAUCCUUGAUCAGGCCCGUAAGUACAUCAUGGACUCCAUGGGAGAAAAGUAUGCAGAGGGAAUUAUCCUGGACUUGGAGAGGACGUGGGAGGAAUCUGAUCCUCGGACACCGCUCAUCUGUCUCCUGUCUAUGGGCUCAGACCCCACAGACUCCAUCAUCGCCUUGGGGAAGAGAUUAAAAAUAGAAACCCGCUACGUGUCCAUGGGACAGGGCCAGGAGAUCCAUGCUCGCAAGCUCCUGCAGCAGACCAUGGCGAACGGAGGAUGGGCUCUUCUGCAGAACUGCCAUCUGGGAUUGGAUUUCAUGGAUGAGCUAAUGGAUAUAAUUAUAGAAACUGAGUUUGUACAUGACUCUUUCCGCCUGUGGAUGACAACCGAGGUUCACAAGCAGUUUCCCAUCACCCUCCUUCAGAUGUCCAUCAAAUUUGCCAAUGAGCCCCCCCAGGGCCUCCGGGCAGGACUGAAAAGAACAUAUGGUGGGGUGAGCCAGGACCUGCUGGAUGUGAGUGCCGUGGCCCAGUGGAAGCCCAUGCUGUAUGCUGUGGCUUUCCUGCACUCCACGGUCCAGGAGAGGCGCAAGUUCGGGCCCCUGGGCUGGAACAUCCCCUAUGAAUUUAACCAAGCCGAUUUUAAUGCCACAGUGCAGUUCGUCCAGAACCACCUAGAUGACAUGGAUCUCAAAAAGGGUGUCUCUUGGACCACUGUCCGCUACAUGAUAGGAGAGAUUCAGUAUGGAGGCAGAGUCACUGAUGACUAUGACAAGAGACUGUUGAACACGCUUGCUAAGGUUUGGUUCAGUGAAAAUAUGUUUGGACCAGAUUUCAGCUUCUACCAAGGCUACAAUAUUCCAAAAUGCAACACAGUGGAUAACUAUCUUCAGUAUAUCCAGAGCUUGCCCACCUACGACAGUCCCGAGGUGUUCGGGCUGCACCCCAACGCCGACAUCACCUACCAGAGCAAGCUGGCCAAGGACGUGCUGGACACCAUCCUGGGCAUCCAGCCCAAGGACAGCUCUGGCGGAGGGGAUGAGACCCGGGAGGCUGUGGUGGCCCGGCUGGCUGAUGACAUGCUGGAGAAGCUGCCCCCGGACUAUGGUCCUUUUGAAGUGAAGGAGAGGCUGCAGAAGAUGGGGCCGUUCCAACCAAUGAACAUUUUCCUCAGACAGGAGAUAGACAGGAUGCAGAGGGUACUCACCCUGGUCCGAAGCACCCUGACCGAGCUGAAACUUGCCAUCGAUGGCACCAUCAUCAUGAGCGAAAAUCUACGAGAUGCUCUGAACUGCAUGUUUGAUGCCAGGAUUCCUGCUCGUUGGAAGAAAGCAUCUUGGGUUUCAAGUACCUUGGGUUUCUGGUUUACUGAACUUAUUGAAAGAAACUGCCAGUUUACCUCUUGGGUUUUCAAUGACCGACCCCACUGCUUCUGGAUGACGGGCUUUUUUAACCCUCAAGGAUUUUUAACUGCAAUGCGACAGGAAAUAACUCGAGCCAACAAAGGCUGGGCUCUGGACAAUAUGGUGCUUUGCAAUGAAGUCACCAAGUGGAUGAAGGAUGACAUUUCUGCCCCUCCCACAGAGGGUGUCUAUGUCUACGGCUUGUAUCUUGAAGGUGCUGGCUGGGACAGGAGGAACAUGAAACUUAUCGAGUCCAAGCCCAAAGUGCUCUUCGAGUUAAUGCCUGUCAUAAGGAUUUAUGCUGAAAAUAAUGCUGUGAGAGGUCCUCGGUUGUACUCUUGUCCCAUCUACAAGAAGCCGGUCCGAACAGACCUGAACUACAUCGCUGCUGUAGACCUCAGGACGGCCCAGGCCCCUGAACACUGGGUGCUGCGUGGAGUUGCCCUUCUCUGCGAUGUCAAGUGACGUGGGGCAUGUCCUUCAUCCAGUAAAUGCAGGAUCCAGACUAUCGCAAGCUCUGUUCUUCUGUAUGGACAUUGUGUAAAUCAGGUUGAUCUUACUGUGUGUGAAUUGCAUCACUGUUCCCGGCUCCUUCACUGGAUGCUUGAUUAUAUUUAGUAUGUUUCACCAUUAAUGACCAAUCACUGUGUUUUUUGAAAAGCUAUUUGGUGAUUUAGAAGUAAGAUUUAUAACUUUCUAAUCAAGAUCCUCAAAUCCUGAGUAAUACGUUUUCUUCUUUCAACGCCAGACUGACUAGGGUAAAUAGAUGGUAUUAGUAUUUCCCUGGAAGGGAUUAUUCUUCUGUUAAUGUGGUUCUGGUGACAGCCCAGUUCUCUAAGGUAACAUGACAAGUUUGUGCUAAUUCUGUUUCUAUUGUCUUUUGCAUUUAGGUCAGGUAAGAGAUUUGUUUUCAUGACUGAAGUUGCCAGUUAAAUAGAUCUGAAAAAAUGGAAGGAAAUAGAAUGGUGGGUUAAGAAUGUGCAUAGAAGAUGCCUGUAAUCCUAUAGAAUAAGCAUAUGGAAUAGUGUUCAACUCCAUUGAUAAUUACUAAAGAGCAACACUUAACUUACAUUUGUUACAAUUUAAAAAAUUAAAGCUAAAAGUGAAUUGUGGUGAGGUCUUUGUAAAAGUGAUACAUUCAGACUCCUUGAACAAUAGAAAUCAACCCAUCUUUUUUGUAAAAUGAUUAAAUAACUAAGCACAGAAGGAAUCAUAAAAACAUUCACAUGCUUUGACCCUUAUUUUCUCUCCUAGAAACCUACCAAAGAAACAAUUUGAAAGACUGAAGAAAUUAUUAUAAAAAUGUAUUUAAUAGCAUAAAAAUAAUAAAUGCCCCCAAAGGUAAAAAAUAAGUCUAUGCUUAAGGAAAUUAGAGGAUAUUAGACAGCCAUGAAAAACAAUAGUGAAGAUUUCAUAAUGUGGAAAUGGUGACCACAGGCUGUUAAGUGAAAGAUAGAGUUAGCAAAAUAUUGAGUAUUAUAACUAAAAUGUAUUUGGUGUGGACAAAAAUUAGAAGAUAAUGUGGAAAAAUAAAAACAGGUAUGAUCGAAUGGUAAAGGUUUCAGUUGACUUGAAAAAAUGUAAUGAUUGGAAGAAAAAAAAUAGGACAAGGAUAAAAGUCUUAGAUAGUGGGUGAAAAUGUCACAUGAUCAUUUAUUAAUUAGGAAAAAUACUAUCUAAGGGACUUUUCACAUAUUUUUACUUUAAAUCAUGACUAUAAAUUAUACACUGUUUCGUCUAUGACCUGUUUACUUGGGAACUUGGUCGGUACUAGGUAGGACUGCAGCUUAGAGUUGGUUAACUUCAGAUCUGCAUAACUUCAGGUUUCUGGUGAUAAAGGGUUUUAUAGGGAGGAAGGAUUACAAGGAGACCAGUGUGGCUCCCUUGCACUAGGACUCGCUCUGUGAUAAGUACCAUUUUUUUAAUUACGAUGAGAAUUAGACCUGAGUGGUUCAUGUGACAUCUACCCAUCUUGGACAAUACUAUUUUCAUUUGAGCAGCUUCUUUUGGUCUGAAUUAAUGUAUCAGUUGAUCUGUGUGAAUUGAGGUAAAACAAACAUUUUAUUUUGAAUAAUAAAUAAUGAAAAUGCAGAAAUAAUGCAGAUGAAUAAAAGUUGUUAAUGAA